AUGGCCAACUCCAUCAAACAAGGAGAUAUCUUGAGGCUUGAAGUGUCGCCAAAGUAUGCGGGGAUUACUGUUCUUCCAAAUGGCGACGAAGGAAACGAUAAAAACUUCCCCACAAACUUAUAUAGCGUUGCGGAACUGUUCUUAAGACUAGGCAUGGUCCCAAACGCUGUGAAUCUAAAGACAGCUACAGAUAAGCUUUUGGAAAUGUACGAAGGGCCACCGAAGGAUAGUAUCACGAUGGGACAAGCAUCUGUCUGUUUCAAGUGUGGUCACGUCGGGAUCGGCAAAAAUUUCGAUGAGAGUAGGAAAACUCCAGGGCCUUGUGCAAACUGUAAUGAAACGAACCAAAUCAACUGGGUAAUGAUUAAACGACCAGAUGGAUCUGUUCUACCUUGGAUGGAAGCCUCUGCAAUGUCGACAGAGCAGGAAACGAAGUUGAAGGAAAAAGAGAAAGAGGACCUUGCAGACAGGAGGGCUGCGGUUGAAGCUCGGGUUGCUGCUGCCCUUAAGGAGCGCGAUAAUACAAAGGUAGUAAAGGGGUAG